AUGUCCGCGACCACGGGAGCGAUGAAAUCCUUCAAAAACAAAAGCAGUCGAGCCCAUCAUUUAAGGGCAGGACAGACGAAUCGUAUCAAUACACUGAUGGAACUUUUAGAGACGUAUAAAAUACGAAGUCAUUGUCUUUUUUGCGCGGUCGGUUUGCGCGCGCGACGCGGCCGCGGAAUACCAACAAGGUGCGCCGUCGCGCUGGAAUGCGCUGCCGCCAUUCGCGGGACGCCUGUCACACGUCGCUUGCAUCGCUACCGCUCAUCACCGCCAUCGCCGCCAGGCUGCGAUACAAUAAAACCCUCGCUCCACUCACUUAGUACACACUUUCCAAAACUAAGACUUACACUCGGCAAAAAAUGUCAUUCAAAACCACUUCUCAUCUUUCUAUGCCCAAAUUUAAGCACUCUGGUCAUUGUCGUAGAGCUCACAUCUGACUGGCAGCCUUACGGUUCGUCAUGA